AUGUGGCACUGGCCUGCUGUUGGUGUUGCCCGUUGUUAUGAAGCCGGUCUUAGCCAGUACAUGACUGAGAAGUUCCAAGCGGGGUUAGAGGUGACUACUGACUAUUCAGGUCUUGGAACAGGAGAAGUGGCAUUAUCCCACAUCAGGACGGCAGCAGAUAGGUUUGGCUUGACCGUGAUGGACACGCAACUGGGUUCUGGCAGUUUGUCUUUUUGCUCAGCCACAGAAUGCAGUGACGCAUGCAGAGAAAUUCUGCUGGCCCAUGAAGGCCACCCAUCCUUGCCAGAUUGCAUUUUUGGAGACAUCAGGGAGAAAGUGCACGCGCAUGGGCGGGAAGAAGUUGGUGAAGUGUGGAAGGCAUUCCGGCUACGAUAUUCCUAUCAAGUCCGGAAUGGAGUACCUCACGCUCAAGCAGCCUCUUCAUUGGGCAAAGAGUUUAUGAGGCAGGCUUGGUCCACCUUGCAGGUGUCAAAGACGAGGGAUGGAAUUCCUGAGACUUCGCAUUGCUACCGGCACGGCCGGCAGUGCCCACUCCGCAAGUCUACAACAAAGGGGGCUAUCAAAGGCAACAUAAGUGGCCCAACCUGUGUAGAUUUCAGCAUCCUCGGCGAUCGCAUGGGGUGGUUGGGGGAACACGCCAAAACUUUUGCAUGCUGGUUGUUCUACCACGCAGAGAUUGAAGCCGACGAUUGGAUUAUCUUGGAGAAUGUCGACAACUUUGAUGAGUCUGUGGUGUACCAACUGGUGAGUUCCCAAUACUCAGUUUUGGUCUUGCACUUGGACCCUCGCAACUUCGGUUUCCCUGUUUCCCGGAGCCGGAAGUAUUUGCUGUUACUGCGGAGAAACGGACGGCUUGCAUGGUGCCCCGAGAUUGAAAUGGACCCCACGACCGCGUUUGAAAAGUUGUUCCGCCGGCCUUUGAACAUGGACGGCCGGAUUUUCUUUUGCGCGCCAGAUAGCGUUGUGGCCUCCUUUCACAAAGACAUGGCAAGAAAGAAACAUCUGCCAGAAACCCAACCAAAUGGCAAGCCGUGGCAAGCGAAGCUGCUCAUGAACCAGACCACGCGAAACCGUGUCCGGGAGUGGGAAGAGAAGCUUGGAUUGUCUGCAGUCCUGGUUGAUCAGAGUGAGCCUUCUUUGUUUCUCCCUUUGCCUUCUCGCUCGCAGGGGCGGUCUCCCACCUGA